UCUGCAUAUAGCCUCUAAAUUUCUUGGUUCGUUUUCGGUACCUUGUCUGGUGUGCUAGAUUUCGUUACAAUGUUUUACUAUGGAUUUUCAGUGGUACUUUAUGCGGAAUAAUAUAAUUUUAUUAUAAUCAUAAUUUUAGUUACAUACACAAUACGCUAUUGUGCAGCAUAUAUUUAAUAAUACAUUCCGUACGUGCAUGGUAGAAAGAUUUAAGGAAUUAUUCAUUUUCAUAAUUAUUAUGUUAAUCGUAUUGACAUUUUUUGUGCAAUCAGUUAAAGCUGAAAUUGGGUAUAUAUAUAUUGUGUUGCAAGGUUGAUACAAUCUUGCAUUUUUACGUGCUUUUUGACAUCCGCUGAACUAAGAAGAGUUGUUUUACACUUUCGUUGUGUGGAAAUGGCGCAUGGCAUCGAGCCACAUUCAGACAGUAUAUAUGACGUUGAAUUUGUAAAAGAAAGCGCAGUUCCAUGUCGGUUUCCGGUUAACGGUUAUUUGGAGAAUCGAAGUCCGUAAUGGCCUCGUGAUUUCCGCAUGGUCCUACGGCGGUGAUGAAAUGAAACAUUUUACUGUUGCUGCUGUUUACCUUUGCGCAUUGGCUCUCCAGAGCUUAUUUGUAGCGUCCAGAUCUACCGAGAGUGAUAGUUCUUGCUCAUACCAGCAUUUUGCAGUCAGCGAUACCUGUUUCCUGCAAAAGGGAGAGUGUUCGCAACCCGGUGAGCCUGCCGUAUGUGUGCAUGGUCAGUGCAAACAGAUCAACAGCACCGAUUAUCGGUGCUACUGUGGACGCGGAUAUUCAGGAAUUCACUGCGACUAUCCGGUCAACGAAUGUGUUUUACGACCAUGCCGAAACAACGCCAGUUGUGUUAACGCAUUUCCACAUACCGGUUUCAGAUGUUUAUGUCCACCAUUAUUUGCCGGAGUGUAUUGCGAAACGCUUAUUGACUCUUGUGGUCCGGAGACAUGUCUGCACAAUGCGACUUGUCAACCAGACGAUGCCAACGGCUUUCGGUGUUUUUGCAGCAAAGGAUUCACAGGUCGCAGAUGUGAGAAAAGAGUGGACGAAUGUGCCUCCUUGCCGUGUUUCAAUGAUGGGGUCUGUAAGGAUACUCUUGAUGGAUACGAAUGCCGGUGUGAGUUUCCGUAUGUCGGUCGACAGUGUGAAACUACACUGUGUGGUUCAGAUUUAUCAAAUCCAUGUCAGAACGGAAACUGUGUAAUCGACACGACUGUUUCGGGUGGAUUCAAGUGCGAGUGUGCUGCCGGCUUCACAGGCACAUUUUGCGACGAAGCUGUAGACGUAUGUUCUGGCCAGUCUUGCAGUAAUCACGGGCUAUGCGUUAACGAUAUCGCUUCGUACCAGUGCUUGUGUGUUCCUGGGUGGACCGGAAAGAACUGCGAAAGUCAACUAGAUCAGUGCUUUAAUAAUCGAUGCCAGCACGGUGCCAGCUGUCAUAUCAACAAUGACGGAUACAUUUGCCAGUGUCCAGCGGGCUACCAGGGCCGAUAUUGUGAAACCCUCACGGACCACUGUGAACAGUCGCCCUGCAUUCAUGGACAUUGCAUCAAUCUGGAGAAUAGUUACAGCUGCUUGUGUGAAGAGGGCUGGCAGGGCAUGAACUGCACUGGGAAGAAUUGCACUACCAUCAGUUGCUUGAACGGCGGUGUUUGUGUGGAAACGGAAACCGGACCGAUAUGCCGGUGUACAGAAGAAUGGAUUGGAAACAACUGCGACAAAUCCAAAAAUCCUUGCCACAGCUUGCCUUGUCGCAACGGAGGUCUCUGCGCUGCAGCAUCAGCUUCGGAAAAUGGUUAUGAAUGUCUGUGCAGUCCCGAUUUUGGUGGUUAUUAUUGCGAAUUUCACAUCGACGAUUGCGGUUUGUCACAAGCGACCUGCUUGAAUGGUGGGACAUGUGUGGACGCCAUAGCCAAUUUCACGUGUAUAUGCCCUUCCCAGUACGCCGGGUGGCGAUGUGAAAUCCCACUUGUUAGCACAAAUACCAACCCGAGCACAACGCGAACCGUCUCAUCAGCAACAACCACACCAAACAGCAUUUCUCCGACUCCUGUACAGUCAGUUGACCAAACAACCCCCUCCUCCCCCACUAAAAUAUUUAUGAUGAUGCCUGACCUUUCCACUUUCCCGUACGUGACCAGCCUGACGUCAUCAGAGCUGAUAAUUCACGCCAAUGAAAUCUUGCCGGAACUGCUCUAUACGACAUUACUGGUAACGAGUUCCAAAGAAACGACUCCGUUGGUUUCCUCAGACUUCUUUACUCCAACACCGACCAUUUCUUUUGCGCUUUCUGUGCCAUCACAGACCACAGUAAUGCCUGUUUAUACUUCCUUAUCAGGGUCAGACUUUGUGUCUAGCUCGUUUGACAGCGUUGCAGUUCACAGUGAUGGAGUUUCUUUAACUGAUGCCUAUAAUAAUUACUCCUUUCCCACACUUUAUGCAACGAUGAUUACCGAGCAUUACGAGCCGAUUUCUGAACCAGCCAGCUAUUUCCGGUCAUUUGGGUCAAGUGCGAGCUUUCCAGAGUACUAUUCCGUAUCGCCUAUAUUAACUGCAAUAACCGCUGGGAUAUUGCAGUCUUCCAUAACGCCCUUGGAUAGCUUGUAUUCUCUGCAGUCUGGAGUCUUAUCUUCUUAUACGGUGAACAUGACUUAUGCACUUCCUAGUACCAUCACUAGUACUUCAACGGAAUCAACAUCAAACGCUGCAGAUCCUUCAACAAUUCCAAGUACUGUGGCAUCUCCGCCAGCACAAAUGCCAGUUUCUCAAGCUGUUAUGUGUCCUAAAACUUUGUGUCGCAAUGGCGGAACAUGUUAUCUUACACCUGAGAACGUUUUCGGCUGUAAUUGUGUGCUAGGAUUUUACGGGAACGUGUGCGAAAACGAAAUAAUUAUAUCAAGAGCAACGUUUACUGGGCGGUCUCUGCUGCGGUACGCCGGAGUGACAAUCAGCUCUGGAGAUGCUCUAGAAAUUUCCAUCCGCUUGGCCAUCACCGAUGUGAAUGAUUUGUCGGCCAACAGUAUUAUUCUGCACGCUUCUUCCUCCCAACAUCCGGACAUCUUUUCUGAACUGAUUCUGGAUUCCGCAGACUUAUUACGUUUUCGGGGCGGUUGUGGCGAUAAGUUUAUCAUCGACGCUAAUCUAACAGCAUCUCUGAGACCGAAAGUAUUCUCCACGGUGACCUUUAGGCAUUCUUUUCCAACCCAAAUGUUGCCGACCUGUUCUCUUACUAUCAAGAACGAACGGAAUUCAUUCUCUCGAAGCUAUUCUACAGCGCAAAUUGACAACAGCAAUUCAAGAAAUGCCAUAACAGAGAUAGACUCCAUCUUUGUCGGUGGACGUUACGCAAUGGGGACAACAAACUUUUCCGGAGUUAUAUCAAAUUUUGCGAUUGGGGGUCAUGAAAAAAACUUCCACGAUGAUCCACUCGAGGGAAGAAACAUUCGGCCAACACUAAUGGAUACGUGCUCGUCUCGGCCUUGCCGUAAUAAUGCCACUUGUCUGGAGUCGUACUCCGGGUGGAUGUGCUCCUGCUUGCCGGAAUUUACAGGAGAAUUUUGCGAGCUGUCCGUGUGCAAGUACAAUCCGUGCGUUGGUGGGAGUACUUGCAUUCCGAGCGGUGGCGACGCUGUCCGAUGCGUGUGUCCGCUUGGUCGAUACGGAAAGUACUGCGAAAAAACAUACGAUAUGCAAAAUGAUGAGAGGUUUUUUGCCAAUGCUCUCAACUAUUCCUCCUAUAUAAGCUUCGCUCCGAUCAAAAACGCCUCUGACCAUUUGGAGAUCCGCUUGAAUGUCACCUUCCCGAAUGUGCCGGCUGACUUGGGCUCACUAGAUGGAUCGUUGCUGCUGUUAAUUGGCUAUCCGGAUCUGGCACACAACGACUACGAUUUUCUCAUGCUGGGUUUCGCCAACAACCAACCUGCUCUAAUUUACAAUCUUGGAGGAGGUGCGCUGAUGACGCCUGGCUCCGGAACACUAGAUGUCGAUGUUGCCGACCAUAGUUUUCAUAUAUAUUUCGAUAGCGAACAUGGAACAUUUCUGAGCGUAGACAGCACAGAAACAGUUGUGCACACUCCGCAGCCAUUUCCGGCUGAUUAUGUCUUCCGCAAUUUUGAUAGCACAUCACGAGUUUUUGUUGGCGGUUUCGAUAUUAUGGAUGGCUUACCGCUUUCAGGAUUCCAUGCAUUCAACGGGAGUAUCGCUUCCGUGCAGUUCCGCACUAGGAGAGACGGUGAUUUCGUUUCUUUUUCCAAUCUUCUUGACGGACGCAACGUACUUCCUUCCGAGUUUCGCUGUACUGAAAGCGCUCCGAUUUUCAAUCCUCCUUUAUGCAAUAACCCGACAUCGGAAAAUGUGGCGCUGAAGACGAACAGCAACGCUUGCGUGAAUUCACUUUGUAGUCAAGAUGCAACAUGUGUGCCAGAUAUGUCCAGCGCCGGUUACCACUGUGAUUGUCCACUUGGAAAGUCAGGAAAUUACUGCCAACAAAUCAGUAGAAUAUCCGACGCCACAUUUAACGGAGAAAAUUCUUUUCUAAAAUUUGGUGCCAUACCGACUCUGCAAGAAUCGUCGUCAAUAGAAAUGCAGGUAAUGCCGAAUGGACCAGAUGGUCUGCUGUUCUAUGUGGCCGAAUAUCCGACUCGACGAACAGUAGAAUUUCUGUCGGCAUUUCUCGUCAACUGGACGGUGAAUUUUCGUUUCAACGUUGGGACAUCUUUUGCCAAAGCCUUGAUUGCAAACGUCACCGUGAAAAACAGCGAAGGAAUCUGGGCAUUUCUAUCCUUCGGACGAAACAGCAGCUUGGCCUGGUUAACGGUCAACAACAACACAAUAACCACUGAUUUGACCAAUCAAACCCAAAAACUUUUGGAUACUUUUACCGGGAUUUAUAUUGGGGGCGUACCAAACUUGUCCGCCAUAGGGGCGUCGGCAGUGUACGGUUUGCCACAAUCCUUCGACGGUUGUAUUAGGGAGCUAGUGCUUAAUGGUAAGCGACUACAUCUGGACAGCGUGGAACCGGAAGAAGGUUUAAAUGUGAACGAUUGUGAUGGAACCAGUUGCGGAUAUCAGUCAUGUGAUAACGGCGGUUUAUGCGAAGAUAUAAUGCUGAAUACGACACACAAUACUGCAAACACCAAUGGUAUGACAGCAUCUCUAUUUGGAUACAGAUGCGAAUGUCCACGAGAGUAUUUUGGGGAGAACUGUCAGUAUCCCACUAGCUGCACAGAAGAUCACCAAUUACAAUAUAUCGACAACAUCACGUUCUGCCCCUGCCCUUCGUCAACGGCAACUAUGUCGUCGUAUUCCAGUUGUACAAAAAAUGUCACUCUGGAUCACAGCGGCUUCUUUGACAAAGGCGCGUAUUUGUCCCUGGUCCCUUCGUAUUUUAAUUCCAACAAAUCCGUCACUUUCAUCUCAUUUCGUUUCCGCACUACACGUGAAGAUGGUCUUAUACUCUGGACUGGAAAAGUUCGCACUCUACAUUCAGAUUACCUGGGGGUCGGGAUAGCCGGCGGUUACAUAACCGUCGUAUGGAAUCUGGGUUGGAACUCCAGAGGAACUUUGACAUCACCGCAAUUUCGCCGAAUAGAUGAUGGACUGUGGCAUGAAGUUAUUAUUUUCAGAGUUGCCCAGAAAAUUCAAGUUAUUGUGGAUCUGGAAACAUCUGUGAUUGGGAUUAGCCCUGGCAUUUAUGCGGAUUUGGAAACAGAUGGAGUGUUUUAUAUUGGCUCUUUUCCGUAUGGAUUAAAAAUUAUGGAGGAAACCAUGAAUUAUUUCACCCAGUCGUUUCGAGGAUGCAUAACCGAUCUCAAAUUCGAUGCCCAAGCAAACCCAGUAUCAUUUUCCCAAGAUGUCCAAACCGUCAACGUGAUUCCUUGUGAUUCUUAAACACAUCAUAUUUGUAGCACAAAAGCGUUUAUAAGUGAAACCCUAGUUUUUCGUCCAAUAUAUGAUGGCCCAUGCCAGUUCAUUCUUUUAAAAAAGAAGCCUUUUUUUCCCGUCUGUUUUGUCCAAAUACACGGGCGUGCUUUUGCAGUUCUGUACCAUGCACCUGUACCGAAGCAGAAGUUAAGCAUCUACAGCAUUUUGCUACAAUUAAGACUAAAACGCUUAGGCAGUUAAAGGUAGAAAACACCAGAAAUGGCAAAUGUAAGUACUGCUUCGAGUUUCACAGCUGUAUUCCGAUAAAACUGGAAGA